AUGAGUCUCUGGACUAACGGCUCCUCCGCGGACCUGCCGGGCUCCAACUCCUCCAACGGCUCCCAGCACCGCGGGGCCCCCGGCGCCGCCCCGCUGGACCUGAGCCGGGCCGUGCCGGUGGGCAUGGUGCUGGCCUCCUUCAUCAUGUUCGCCAUCGUGGGGAACAUCCUGGUCAUCCUGUCCGUGGUGUGUAACCGCCACCUGCGGAUCCCCACCAACUACUUCAUCAUCAACCUGGCCAUCGCGGACCUGCUGCUGGGGACCACCGUGCUGCCGGUGUCCGCCACGCUGGAGGUUUUGGAUUACUGGGUCUUUGGUCGGAUCUUCUGUGACAUCUGGGCGGCGGUGGACGUCCUGUGCUGCACGGCGUCCAUCAUGUCUCUGUGCGUCAUCUCCAUCGACCGAUAUAUUGGCGUCCGCUACCCGCUGCAGUACCCGAUGAUCGUCACCGAGAGGCGGGCGUUGCUCGCCAUGCUGGGCGUCUGGAUCCUCGCCAUCGUCAUCUCCAUCGGCCCGCUGCUGGGCUGGAAGCAGCCGCCAUCACAGGACGACACCGUGUGUCUCAUCACGGAGGAACCGUUCUACGCCCUCUUCUCGUCGCUCGGCUCCUUCUACAUCCCGCUGGCCGUCAUCCUCGCCAUGUACUGCCGCGUCUACAUCGUGGCCAAGCGCACCACCAAGAACCUGGAGGCCGGCAUGAUGAAGGAGCGCCAGGAGGACUCCAACGAGCUCACCCUGAGGAUCCACUGCAGGAACCACCAGAUCCAGGAGCUGUGCCCCGCCUCCAAGGCCGGAGGGGGCGGGGCCUCGGCCGCACGCAGCACGCUCACCGUCAAACUGCUCAAGUUCUCCAGAGAGAAGAAGGCCGCCAAGACGCUGGGCGUGGUGGUGGGCAUGUUCAUCCUCUGCUGGCUGCCUUUCUUCCUGGCUCUGCCCAUCGGGUCGUUCAACAGCAGCCUGCGUCCUCCUGAAACCUUCUUUAAAGUCAUUUUCUGGUUGGGAUACUUCAACAGCUGCCUGAACCCCAUCAUCUACCCCUGCUACAGCCGCGAGUUCAAACAGGCGUUCAUCCGGAUCCUUCGCUGUCGCUGGAAGAGGAAGCGUCAGGGCUGGCAGGCGUACUACAACUACCGCUGCCAUCAAGGCUCCAACAACUCGUCCUUCCUGAGCGGCAGCCAGCAGACUCUGUCCUCCAUCAGCCCCAGCCCGCGCUGCGUCGCCUCCAGACUCCGCCCCUCUGACCGAGACCUCCUUCCCGGACAGACGGGGAGAGGACGGCCGAGCUCCUUGUCCCCGCUCGCUAAGGAUGCCGGGACGGCGAUGCGGAUCGGCUCGGGCCGGUGAUGAACGUAAAGGAGGAGCAGCAGCCACGCAGGAAGGUGGAACACUAACUGACACACCUGCUGCCUCAGGUGGCCACGCCCCCACCCUGCCACGGACAGGACGUGCCUACGUAACUCACCUGGCGGAGCUGCUCACUGUAAAUAAACACACAUGUUAAAGUGUUUUUUUUACCGUCCACUGCUAACGAAGCUCCUACCUCUGCUGCACAUGUGCAACAGCUCACACAAACUACAUUUACCAUAACUACAAUAUAAAGAACAAAACUACAAAUAAAAUGAAUUAAGAAAUCAACAAAUUAAAACUAACUACAAAGAUAAACAUCGGCCAUCUUUCUUUCUGUAAAAUAGAAACUACGACCUUUUCACUACGUUAUCCACGUGUUUUAUUUUGAACGUCAGAUGUUGCAUAUUUAUUAUUGCUAACUUGGUGAUUUUGUUACAUAUUUAAUUAUUGUUAUUUUUUCUUUCUUUCUUUCUUUUGCCAAAACGCUUCAGACACUUGAGCUGAACCUCCUGAAAUAUUAUAUUAUUAUUUUUAUUAAUGAGCUUUAAAAAAAACCUGAGCUCUUCUGUAAUGAGUUAUUUAUUUGUCAAAAUCAUUUGGUAACCAAACCUAAAUGAUUCAAACUGAGUAAAGUUAAUUGUAAACAUUAUUAUAUGUUUAUUUAUUGUUGUGAAUUUUGAUCCACUGUAUGUUAGCAAGUGAGCUAACUAACUUCAAACAGCAUUUAUUUUGAGAAUCUUCCCUCAGACUCAUCAGACGAUUGUCCGCUGAGCUGAACUGUUCUGACUUUGUAUUUGUGGAGAGAAGUUGGAGGUUUUUCACUUGAAUACAGUGUGAUCACAGCAGCGUCUGGCGGACGUCAGAGGAACUGCAGCUGCUGGUUGGUGUUUUUUUAAAUCAAACCCCUCCCAGAUGACAAACCUGACCCAGGCUGCAGCUUCUCUAGUGGAUAUAAUGACUGCUGAGCCCAGCUGCCUACAGGAUGGACUGAUCGUUGCUGGAAGCUGUAGUUUAUUCUCUUGAGAUGGAGCUAGGCUCGCCGUUUCCCCCUGUUUCCAGUUUUUGUGUUAAGCUAGGCUAACCAUGUUGUGGACCUGUCUAUGUGCUGGAGAUGAAACUGAUCUGUCUGGAGGAGACUGACGACAAAUGUUUGAGUGUUCAUUUUAA